AUGAAGUUCGCAAAGGAGCUCGAGCGCGAGGCGGUUCCUGAAUGGCGAAUCAAGUAUCUCAACUACAAGGCUGGCAAAAAGUACGUAAAAGCCGUUGCCUCGGCCAUCCAGAGAACCUCCGGCUCGACGCCCCGACUCCUCAACUCACGCCGUCCUCCGUCCUUCUUCGCAGUCGCAAGCCCUCAAACGGAGCCUACUCCCCACCCUUCGUCCCGCAUCGAGGCCAGUCGACACACGGACGACGAUGCGACAAUCGCGAGAUGGCAUGUAUGGAAGCUUCGUGCCCACUCCCCCAGGACACCCGCAGUCGCCCUCGCAGGCAAUGACAGCUUCUUUGAGCUUCCUGCUCCCGCCAUACAUACAACGUCAUCUUCAUCGGGCCCCCUGGACGCCGCAACGCUGCCGAAAGACAGUGCUGAGGAGUCUCUUCAUCGCAUGUCUACCGCCAGAGAGUCGGCUCGGAUAUCAAGCCUUCCACGUCAAAGCCUUGACCUUGUUCGGGAGAAAGAACAGCAGUUUUACGCAUUCCUCGACGCGGAGCUGGACAAGGUGGAGACGUUCUACAAGAAGAAUGAGGAUCGGGCCGGGCAGCGGUUGGUGAUUCUGCGAGAACAGCUCCAUGAGAUGCGCAAUCGACGCAUACAGGAACUCGCCAACGAGAGGGCCAACAGCUCUCUAUCCCGGUCAUCACAUCACAAGGUUGACGAGAGCAAUCCUGACCGGUCGCUCAGCUGGAUGCAUCCGCUCAAGACGAAAAUCUUUCCACUGGGACCCAACUCGAAAGCCCUCCAGGAUAUGCCGCGCACGCCGCAUCUCACAGGCGGCGGCAGGGCUCCAGAGGAUCGCAUGGACUAUGUCCGGCGGCCAGAAAAUGACGAGGUUGCGUAUAGGACAGCAAAGCGAAAGCUCAAGUUGGCAGUGCAAGAGUUCUAUCGCAGUCUGGAGCUUCUCAAGUCGUACGCCUUGCUCAACCGCACCGCUUUCCGAAAACUCAACAAGAAGUAUGACAAGGCCGUCAACGCUCGGCCCCCGAUGCGCUACAUGAACGAAAAGGUCAACAAGGCUUGGUUCGUCAAUAGCGAUGUUCUGGAAGGCCAUAUCAAGACUGUCGAGGACCUCUAUGCUCGAUACUUUGAGCGCGGCAACCAGAAGUUGGCGGUUGGCAAGCUGCGCAAGAUGAACAAGAAACCCAAAGACGAGUCUGGCAGCUCAUUCCUCAAUGGCUUCUUGAUCGGCACUGGCGCUGUCUUUACCAUCCAGGGCCUUGUCUACGGCGUUGAGCUACUGAAUGACGAGGAUCCAACAGUUCGUCUUCAAACAAGCUAUCUACUGCAGCUGUACGGCGGCUAUUUCCUUAUGCUCAUGCUCUUCUCCUUCUUUUGCAUCAACUGCUACGUUUGGCUGCAGAACCGCAUCAACUACCCCUUCAUCUUUGAAUUCGACCAGCGCAGCCAGCUCGAUUGGCGUCGGAUUGCUGAGUUUCCCUCCUUCUUUUUUCUUGUCUUCGGGCUCAUCAUGUGGGCAAACUUCAGCAGAUAUGGCAACGAUACCAUGUUUCUCUAUUACCCAGUUCUUUUGGUUGGCUUGACCCUCGUCAUCAUAUUAUUCCCCGCUCCUGUGAUGGCUCACAAGACCCGCAGGUGGUUUGCAUAUUCGCAUUGGCGUCUUCUUCUGUCUGGUCUAUACCCUGUAGAAUUCCGCGACUUUUUCCUGGGCGACAUGUAUUGCUCCUUGACAUACUCCAUGGCGAAUAUUGAGCUCUUCUUCUGCUUGUAUGCCAAUCAUUGGCAUAGUCCUGGGCAGUGCAACUCGACCAGUUCCCGCCUCUUGGGAUUCCUGACGACACUGCCUGCCAUCUGGCGCUUUCUCCAAUGCAUUCGACGUUACCGAGACACGCGCAACAUUUUCCCACAUCUCGUCAACUGCGGCAAAUAUACUGCCACCAUAUUGUCUUACAUGACGCUCUCCAUGUACCGCAUUCGCCAGAACAAUAGAGACCUUGCUCUGUUUGCCACCUUUUCAACAGUCAAUGGCUUAUAUACCAGCAUUUGGGAUCUGUUCAUGGACUUCUCCCUACUUCAGCCCCAGAGCCGGCACGUCGCUCUGCGUGACAUCCUGGCUCUCAAGUACCGCUGGGUCUACUACGUGAUCAUGGUUGUUGAUCCUAUCCUUCGAUUCUCGUGGAUUUUCUACGCCAUCUUCACCCACGACCUCCAGCACUCCACCAUGGUCUCCUUCCUGGUGAGCUUCAUGGAAGUCUUCCGCCGAGGCAUAUGGUCGCUCUUGCGAGUGGAAAACGAGCACUGCGCCAACGUCGCGCAGUACAAGGCCUCUCGCGAGGUCCCUCUGCCGUACCACAUCGAGCCUCUACUAGAGCAGGCCAGCAGCGAAUCCAGCCCCAUGCUAGCAGCGCAAGGAGAGCGCCCAUCAGAGCGUGCGCAACAACCGCGGCCGCAGACAGCGGAGCGCCCCACGACCUACGACUCGGGCAGCUCGACGGCCGUUGGCGUCGCUCCCAGCGGAAGUCUCCGGCGCCGUCCCGAACAACAGCCCUCCCCGCGCAUCACCCGAGCUUUCUCUAAGAUCAUGGCCGAAGCGCAUAAGCAGGACUUUGAGAAGAAGCGCAGGCCUGCCGACGGGACCGGCGAUGGGGCUGGUGCCGCUGGGCAAAGCGACGACUUUGAUGAUGACGAUGAUGACGACGAGGAUGAUGAUCCCGAUGGCGGCAGCUUGGCGGGAAUGCGACCCCAGUCUGGGGAUGCAGCUUGA